AAUUUGACUUUUUUGAAGCUUUGCAGAAAAUUUUCACAGACUACAGACAGCCGUUUGCUCUUACAUAUCUGUGGAUAUCUCUAAUGGUUGUCUACCUUCCAGUAGCAUUCUGCAAAGAUUGGAUUUCCAAUUCACUGAACAGGAAUCGGACUACAGAACUUCAUGGUGAGGAUUAUCUCUCUAGUUCAUUGGUUGAGCUACACUUUCCUUUCAGAGUCGAUGAAGCACAGUACAAUUCAGAUGGAGCUUUGAAGAACUAUCUUGGUACGGACAUGAAUUUGGGUGACACAGAAGCGGGACAACCAUUGUUAUUCAAAGAUUCAGAAGAUGAGGAGUUUAACAUGCUUGACAAUCCAAACAAAGUCAGCUCAUUGGAAGUCAUUAAAUGUAGCUUAUAUCUUGCUCCCAUAUGGUUUGUUACUGAGUAUUUGUCAAAUUCCGCCCUGGCAAAUACGAGUGUUGCAAGCACAACCAUCUUGACCUCAACAUCAGGGCUCUUCACACUUGUCUUUGGAGCACUAAUUGGGAAGGACUCCGUAAAUGUUGUUAAGGUUACUGCUGUUUUGAUCAGCAUGACUGGUGUUGCAAUGACUACCAUGGGGAAAACGUGGGCACCUGAUGAAAUGCUUAGUGUCUCCGAGACUAGAAGGCAUUCUAUUAUUGGAGACAUUUUUGGUCUUCUCUCCGCAGUGUUCUAUGGCUUGUUUACAGUGCUGCUCAAGAGAUCUGCUGGAUCGGGAGAAAGGGUUGAUGUUCAGAAGUUCUUUGGAUAUAUUGGACUUUUUACUCUCUUGGGUCUCUGGUGGCUUGCAUGGCCGCUUAAUGCCCUUGGAAUAGAGCCAAAGUUCAGCUUUCCUAGUUCAGCAUCCACCAGCAAAGUUGUGGUGCUCAAUGGCUUCGUUGGAAGUGUUCUAUCAGAUUAUCUAUGGGCGCUCUCUGUUGUUUGGACGACCCCAUUAGUUGCAACUUUGGGCAUGUCCUUAACAAUACCAUUAGCGAUGUUAGCAGAUAUGUUCGUCCAUGGACGACAUUACUCUGCCAUAUACAUCUUUGGAUGCAUACAGGUAUUUGCAGGGUUUAUUAUCGCAAAUCUCUCGGAUUUGUUUUCUUGUAAAAGGAGAUGAAUGUUAAUCCAAUAAAUUUAACUUAAAAUGUAUAUAAUGCCACAGGCACAUAGAAAAAAAUAAUGUGACGGGAUGUCUUUCUUAUGCAAACUGCAAUGAAAUAUACUGCUGACGCUUUAAGGUGAAUUCCGAUAUGAAUCUUUCUCA